UAACGUUACUUGGGAACUUAGAAUGACGGUGUAGUUUUCCGGCGGAACAAGAAUCGUGAACACACACACAUUUGAGCACGUUUGUCUCGAUAACGACUAAACAUCACACACAGUCUGCGGGAGAUCUGUAUCUUCAUGGCUUCAUCGGUGGACUUCAGGACUCUGGUGGAUCAGUCGUGCAGAUACUCGGAUGAAUUCGUCAAUAUCUAUUACGACUGUAUGGACAAGAGAAGAAGGAAUCUGACGAGGCUGUAUCUGGACAAAGCGACGCUGGUGUGGAAUGGAAAUGCUGUCACGGGUCGAGAUGCUCUCAGCGAGUUCUUCGAGUCUCUUCCUUCCAGUGAAUUUCAAGUGCAGUCUCUUGACUGUCAGCCUGUACAUGAACAAGCAACUCACGGCCAAAUGACUCUGUUGGUGGUUACAGCUGGAUCAGUGAAAUUUGAUGGAAACAAGCAGAGAUUCUUCAACCAGAAUUUCUUGUUAACAGCCCAAGCCUCUCCGAACAGUGACCAACCGGUGUGGAAGAUCGCAAGCGACUGCUUUCGCUUUCAAGACUGGGCCAACUGAAUUGUAGCUUCAAAGCUUUUUUUUUUCCUUCCCAUAUUUGUAAACUCAUUGCAAUUUAAUAUGUUCUGUAAAUAAAAACCAUUGACCAUUAAA